GAGUUUUGCCGACGGCGAGCUGUGCAAACUCGCGCAGGCAUUUGGACUUCUCGAUCUUGACUGACUGACGACGACGAAAGCAAUUGACCACGUUCAACCACAUCAACACCGCCAAGAUGGUUUCUCAGACUCCUUUCCGCGCUGCCGAGUUCCGCAGUGCCUACGGCCCCAACUACCAGUACCAGCCCAACUUCCAGGGCAUGACCAGCCGCAUGGCUGCCCGCACUGGUGUCAAGACCGCCGCGUUCGGUGGUGCCCUUGGCUUCGCUGCUCUCUUCUUCGCCUCGGGCAUUCCCCGUGUCAAGACCGACAUCCUCCAGGGUCUUCCCCUGAUCGGUGGUUACUUCAUCAAGGAGGUCCACCCUGCCGACAACCCCUUCUAAAUCUUUUCGCCUAGAUUGUGGGAUGUAUGGAAGCAGUGUAGCAGAGCGAAUUGCUUGUAUAAGAGACUUACAAUAGACCUUCCCUAUGUUCACCACGUCAAGCUCAUGUGACCUACGUUUUGCGUCCAGAACGCAUCGAGUGAUUUAAUCAUGGUGCCCG